GCCAAAACAGCAACAUCCCUUCUAUACGGUAGUAGUCUUUCAGCUGAUCUCGUCGUCGAUCGUGCUCUUGAAUUGCGUUAUAUUGGUGGAAUCUAUGCAGGCAAUGUAAAACCUACACCUUUUCUUUGUCUUUCUUUGAAGAUGCUGCAGAUCCAACCUGAAAAGGAUAUUAUUAUCGAAUUUAUCCAACAGGAGCAGAGCAAGUAUGCGCGCGCAUUGGGCGCAAUGUAUCUUCGUCUGACUUUCCCAUCUGUAGAGAUAUAUAAAUAUUUGGAGCCCUUAUUCAACGAUUACCGCAAGCUACGGUAUAUGAAUAAACAAGGAAGUAAGUUGUUUUCUGCUGUUUGGAUGAUUUGCGCAUCCUAUUGUGAGAAACCACGCCUCAUCUCAAGAAGACGAAGCCGGAGCAGAGAUCGUUCUCGAGAGCGCGAUAGACCAAGGGAGAAGACCAAAGACAGAGAUCGAGAUGAUAGGAAGCGAGAUCGAUCAAGAGACAGAGAGCGGGAUCGUGAUCGUGAGAGGGACCGCGAUCGCCACGACAAGGAUCGCGAUAGACACAGAGAACGAUCACGAGAGCGGGACAGGGAGAGGGACAGAGGACGUGGUUAG